CGGGGCGGUGCCGCUCCGGGGGCAGGGCCGGGACAGGGCCCCGCUCCUCGCCCCCCGACCGGCUCCAUCUUGAGCGCGGCUGCCGCGGAGCUGCUCCAGACCCCACUGUGCUGGGAUGGCACUGGACGCCUGAGCCUCCCCCUGCCUGGGACCUGCCAUGGAGACAGUUGUCAUCGUGGCCAUCGGGGUGCUGGCCACCAUUUUCCUGGCAUCCUUCGUGGCGCUGGUGGUGGUGUGCCGGCAGCGGUACUGCCACCCCAAGGACCUCCGGCACCACUACGACACCAAACCCAUUGUGGACCUCAUGGGGACUUCUGAGACACCAUCAGAGCCCUCAGAGCUGGAGCUGGACGAUGUGGUCAUCACCAACCCGCACAUCGAGGCCAUCCUGGAGAAUGAGGACUGGGUCGAUGACGCCUCGGGUCUGGUGUCCCACUGCAUUGCCAUCCUGAAGAUCUGCCACACGCUGACAGAGAAGCUGGUGGCCAUGACCAUGGGCUCGGGCGCCCGCGUGAAGUCCCCCGCCAGCCUUGGGGACAUCAUUGUGGUGGCCAAACGCAUCAGCCCCAGGGUGGACGACGUGGUGAGAUCCAUGUACCCGCCGCUGGACCCCAAACUGCUGGAUGCGAGGGCCGCGGCGCUGCUGCUCUCGGUCACUCACCUGGUGCUCGUGACCCGCAGCGCCUGCCGCCAGCCCGCCGCACGCCACUGGGUCGAGCGCUCGCUGGCGGCGGCGGAGGAGCACAUGGCGGUGCUGCGGCUCGCGGCCAUGGCCGCCGAACCCGAGCGCCCGCCCGGCGCCGAGCCCCUGCGCCAGGAGCAGUCGGUCAUGUGACCCCGGCGCCGGCCGGG